CGUAAAUCACACAGCUAGGCAAGCACCUUCUUAUUUAUAGCAUUAUAAAUCAUCAUUAUCAUGGGUGUUUUCAAUUUUGAGGAAGAAGCCACUUCCAUUGUAGCUCCUGCUACACUUCACAAAGCUCUGGUUACAGAUGCUGACAUUCUUACUCCAAAGGUUAUUGAUGCCAUCAAAAGUAUUGAAAUUGUUGAAGGAAACGGUGGCCCCGGAACCAUCAAGAAACUCACUUUCGUUGAAGACGGUGAAACCAAGUAUGUGUUACACAAAGUGGAGUUAGUAGAUGAUGCUAACUGGGCAAACAACUACAGCAUAGUUGGAGGUGUUGGACUUCCGGACACAGUUGAGAAGAUCUCGUUUGAGGCUAAAUUGUCUGCAGGACCAAAUGGAGGAUCCAUUGCAAAGCUGAGUGUGAAAUAUUAUACCAAAGGUGAUGCUAUUCCUAGUGAAGAGGAAAUCAAGAAUGGCAAAGCCAAAGGUGAAGGUAUUUUCAAGGCUCUUGAAGGUUACUGUGUGGCUAAUCCUGAUUACAACUAAAAAAUUUAAUUAAGUGAGUGCUUGUUUUAUUAUGGUGUGUUAUGACACAUUUUAUUGCAUCCUGUCGGCUUAAUUUGUUUUCUUAUUUUUCUUUCUUUUCCCUUUCCUAUUGUUGAGGAAGUGUGAGUUUGAGAUUGUAAGUCAUGUUUGUACCACGUUUUAAGAAAUUAUAAUAAUACGUAUGUUCUUUUU